AGCUUGACAAAAAGAAAAAAACAACAACGUGUGGAACCAUUAACAAUCAAACAUCUUUAAUGGCACGCACGUCCUCUCUCAAAAAAUUUCCUCACGUAUACAUACGCUCAAAACAUUCAAGAACCAAUGCUAAGGUUCCCAUUUGAGUUCUUUUUGUAAACAAAAACAUGGCGAGAUCGCUCAAGAAAUCAGCCAAGUUGAGUCUAAGAAGAGUCCGGAUCAAUUCACCUUCGAUUAGGUUCAAACCGGACUCGAGUUCCAUAGAGAGAGACCAAAGAAUCGAGUUUCUAGGCGAAAAUGGUGAUGAUGCCGGAUCCGGAGAAGAAGACACCAAAGAAGCAAACAAUGAAAGUGAAGAGGUUGAAGAUAAGGAAGAAGAAAGAGUCAAAGUAAUUGUAGAGGAGGAAGAAGAAAAAGAACAAGAUGAUGCCAAGAGCUUUAACAUUGGAGGCGGAGAAGGAAAAAAAGAGGCGGUGGCAGCGGUUGAGGCGGUUGAGGAGGAGGCGGAAGGCGGGAAUAGAGUAAUGGUGGUGGUUGAUAAAGCGCUUGCUUCUACCGGAGCUUUAGAAUGGGCUAUUACGCAUACUUUACAACCACAAGACACUCUUUUUCUGUUAUACUUUGCAAAACCGUUUAGAAAAAGUAAAAGGAAGAACCGAAAACGCGAGGUGAAAACCGAUGAAUUGGUCCAUACUUUAAAGAAACUGUGCCAAACGAAACGACCCGGGAUAGAAGUGGAGAUAAGGAGGUUAGAGGGGAAAGACAAAGACAAAGGGCAGAAGAUAGUUGAAGAAUCAAAGAAACAACAAGUGAGCCUUUUAGUGGUUGGACAAGAGAAGAAACCUCCGGUCUGGAGGCUAUUGAAGAGAUGGGCGUGGAAGAGACGCCGUGGACACGAAGGUGUUCUCAAAUACUGCCUCGAAAACGCCUCUUGCAUGACAAUCGCGGUUAAACCCAAGAACCGCAAGCUCGGCGGUUACUUAAUCACCACCAAACGCCACAAAAACUUCUGGCUUCUCGCUUGA